GGUAACGCUUGUCAGUUGCAAUUCGCCAACGCAGAUUCAUAAAAAAAGUUUUAUCCAUUAUUUUUUUUCGGUUGCUCUUAUAUAUUUUCGGAUUAUUUUGAAAAUAUGAUUCGUGCACCGCUGGUCAAGGCAUUGGGUACGCUGGGUUCGCCUACCCACAAAAUUGCUACUCAAGCGGUACGUACUAGUGCCGCUGCUGCUCAGACACCAGCCAAAGCACCCGAAAAGUUUGAAGUGUUUGUAGAUGACAUUCCUGUUAAAGUUGCACCAGGUACCACUGUUUUGCAGGCAGCUGCCAUGGUUGGUGUGGAAAUUCCCCGUUUUUGUUAUCAUGAACGUCUGGCUGUGGCUGGUAAUUGUCGUAUGUGUUUGGUAGAAGUAGAAAAAAGUCCGAAACCAGUGGCAGCUUGUGCUAUGCCUGUGAUGAAAGGCUGGCGCAUCAAAACCAAUUCCGAACUGACCCGCAAAGCCCGGGAAGGAGUAAUGGAAUUUUUAUUAAUGAAUCAUCCGUUGGAUUGUCCGAUUUGUGAUCAGGGAGGAGAAUGCGAUUUGCAAGAUCAAGCAAUGGCCUUUGGUUCGGAUCGCUCACGUUUUACGGACAUUGAUCAUACGGGUAAAAGAGCGGUAGAGGAUAAAGAUAUUGGCCCUUUAGUAAAGACGAUUAUGACCCGUUGCAUCCAUUGCACGCGGUGUAUUCGAUUUGCUUCGGAAAUUGCCGGUGUAGAUGAUUUGGGUACUACAGGUCGUGGUAAUGACAUGCAAAUUGGAACCUACGUGGAGAAACUUUUCUUAACUGAACUUUCGGGCAAUGUUAUUGACCUAUGCCCAGUGGGAGCUUUAACUAAUAAACCUUACAGUUUUGUUGCUCGUCCUUGGGAGAUACGAAAAAUUAGCAGUAUUGACGUCUUGGAUGCGGUGGGUAGUAAUAUCGUUGUUAGCACACGUACCAAUGAAGUUUUACGUAUCUUGCCACGUGAGAAUGAAGACAUUAACGAAGAAUGGUUAGCUGAUAAAUCUCGUUUUGCUUGUGAUGGGCUGAAACGUCAACGUUUAGUGGCCCCGAUGGUACGCAUGCCUAAUGGUGAAUUGCAGGCCGUAGAAUGGGAAGGUGCUCUUAUUUCUGUAGCGAAAGCCUUAAAGAAUGCCCAGGGUAAAGUGGCCGGUAUCGCAGGUCAACUAGUUGACGUUGAAACCAUGGUCGCUUUGAAAGAUUUAUUAAAUCGAAAUGGCGGUGAAAUUUUAUGCACAGAACAAGGUUUCGCUACCAAAGGUGCCGGUACAGAUUUAAGGUCCAACUAUAUUUGCAACAGUUCUAUUGCAGCUUUGGAGGAAGCUGAUGCCGUGCUGUUGAUCGGUACAAAUCCUCGAUAUGAAGCUCCUUUGGUUAAUACACGUUUACGUAAGGCCUACGUACAUAAUGAAUUGGAAUUGGCCUCCAUUGGCACAAGCGUGGAUCUCUCGUAUAAACAUCAGGAUUUGGGUGAAGAUGCUAGUUUAAUUAAUGAUGUCUGCAGCGGAACACAUCCCUUCGCUAAAGUAUUACAAUCAGCCAAAAAACCGGCAGUCAUCAUUGGUGCUGCUGUGCUGGAACGGCCUGACGGCUCUGGUAUACUUGCCACAGUGACUGGUUUCUGCAAAAAAUUGAAUAAGCCUAACUGGAAUUCACUAAAUGUUUUACAAAACAAUGCGGCUCAAACUGGCGCUUACGAUGUCGGCUAUCAGGCGGGCUAUCAAGCCCUUCUCAAGUUCCAGCCAAAAGUUUUAUUUUUGUUGGGAGCAGACGCUGGUAAAAUUACGCGAGAACAAUUACCCAAAGAUUGUUUCGUUGUGUACAUAGGAUCUCACGGUGAUAAUGGUGCGUCCAUGGCGGAUGCUGUUCUACCGGGGGCUGCUUAUACCGAAAAAACGGCAAUUUACGUUAACACUGAAGGUCGUUCUCAACAAACUUUAACUGCUGUGACACCACCCGGUAUGGCUCGCGAGGAUUGGAAGAUAAUUCGUGCUAUUUCAGAAGUUGCCGGUACUCCAUUACCCUACGAUACUAUCGACGAAUUGCGAAAUCGAAUUGAGGAUAUUGCACCACAUUUAGUGCGGCUCGGUAAACUGGAAUCAGCGACUUUUACCGGUUUUGAAGAGGAGCUGGUCACGUCGAAAACGAUUGACAGUUCAAAGGUGAUUAUUAAGUUAAAAGAUCUGCGCGAUUAUUUCAUGACCGAUGCAAUCUCGAGGUCUUCACCCACUAUGGCAAAAUGUAUAUCUGCAGUUGAUAAAGAAACUAACAAAAAACAGCAGAAGAUGCGCGCCACUUGUUAAUUUUAAUUCAUGGGGCGUCCGUUAUUUAUAUCUUUAAAAGCAUAUUUAAAGCAAAAGAGACAACUAUUAAAUAAAUACAAAGAUUACAUUAUCACGCAAAAAAAUAGUUAAAAAUCGAUGCGGUAUGAGAGGCGAUAGCAAAAGUAUCAAUGAAAUAAUCAAUUCAACAACAAAGCGGACAAUCCGACUUGAGUGGUAAAUGAGUGAAAAAUAAUAAUUAUUUAGAAAAAUAAAAGAAAUUGAUGCGUUA